UCGUAUUCAUAUUUGUAUUGUAUUGAAUUGAAAUUGAAGAAAUUUUUGUAGUAAAAGCAAAAGCAGAAGGAUAGUAAAAAAUGCCACCAAAAACAAGCGGAAAAGCAGCAAAAAAAGCUGGCAAAGCUCAAAAAAACAUUUCGAAAAGUGAUAAGAAAAAGAAACGUAAACGUAAGGAAAGUUAUGCUAUUUACAUUUACAAAGUUUUGAAGCAAGUUCAUCCAGAUACUGGAAUUUCUUCAAAAGCUAUGAGUAUCAUGAACAGUUUCGUAAAUGAUAUAUUUGAAAGAAUCGCAGCAGAAGCUUCUCGUUUAGCACAUUACAAUAAACGAUCAACAAUAACUAGUCGUGAAAUUCAAACUGCUGUUAGAUUAUUAUUACCUGGCGAACUAGCAAAACAUGCUGUAAGUGAAGGUACAAAAGCUGUUACUAAAUAUACAAGUUCAAAAUAAAUAAAUUUGACCGUACGCAAAUAAUA